GUUGGAUUCACUUUGUGUCUGUUGAGAAGGAGAAGAAGGAGAAGAAGGAGAAGAAGGAGAAGAAGGAGGAACAGUAAGAGAGGCUGAGACACGUUUACCUCACUCCAGCAGGACAGGUGUCAGGCUCGCUCGUCCAUGUGGUCUCGGCAGCAGCUCAGAGGCCAGCAGCUGUCUGCAGAGCCCAGGGAAGCAGUCUGAUGUUGGGGUGAGAGAUCCUGCCAAUGCCCCCUGUCCUCACCUCAGACGACCAUCACCCCGCCUCCUCCCCACAAACGCACACGCAUAUUGACUGGAAACAUGCUAUAGCCGCCUGACAGCCAAUCAAAAUGAUGGCCUCGGUGGUUGUCAGGGGCGCCCGGAAGAAGUCUCUCACGUUGAGAGGAGUGGACCCGGAGACCUGCAUGAUCGUGUUUAAGAACCACUGGGCACAGGUCGUGAAGAUUCUGGAGAAACACGAGCCGGGUCGCAGCGGCGCUGGUGCGUUGAGCUUCCUCUCCGGUCAUGCUAGUAGCACCAGUGGCUCUGGAGCGUUACGCCUCGGCCCCAUCCCGGCUGACGAAGCCAGCGCCGUCCAGAACUAUGUGGAACACAUGCUCUUCCUGCUGAUGGAGGAAGACGCAGGGCAAGGAGGAGCAAUGGGUCCGAUCCUGGAGUUUGUGGUUCUGGAGGGUGUGAUGGAGAGGUUGUUUCUGUGGAGCCUGAGGAGGCAGUUUACUGAGGACAUGAAGCUGGAGCAGCUCCGGAUGUACCAGAUGCUCCUGUCUCAGGCCAAACAGCCUCUGCUGCAUCAUAAGCCCGUUCUCCGACCGCUCAUGAUGCUGCUGGCCUCGUGUGCUGGAGCUGGAACCGACAGCGGCGGCGUGGUGGAGGCGGAGCUUGUCCUCCUGCUGAACCAGCUGUGUGUCGCUCUGGUCAAAGAUCCCUCAGUGCUGGAGCUGUUCUUCCACACCAGUGAGGACCAGGGAGCCGCCAACUUCCUCCUCUUCUCCCUGCUCAUACCAUACACACACAGACAGGGUUCAGUGGGUCAACAGGCCCGAGACGCUCUGCUGCUCAUCAUGUCUCUGUCGUCCUCCGAGCCUCGAGUCGCCCAGCACAUCGGAGAGAGCACGUACUUCUGUCCUGUGCUGGCCACAGGUCUGUCUGGUCUCUACUCGUCUCUUCCAGCCAGGCUGCAGGUUUACAGUGAAGACUGGCACUGUCUGGACCAGGCCGACUGGCAGCAGGUUCCAGCUCUCGUCCACUUCCUGCAUUCACUGGACUUCUGUAGUGCUGUUACCAAGGUCGCUCAUCCCUCCAUCAGGUCUCAGUUGCUCAGUUACAUCUACAACGGCUUCUUGGUGCCUGUUCUGGCUCCGGCUCUGCACAAGCUGACGGUGGAGGAGGUGAUGACCACGACGGCGUACCUGGACCUGUUCCUGCGCUCCAUCUCCGAGCCCGCCCUCCUCCAAACCUUCCUGUCCUUCAUCCUGCUGCACACGCACGACAACGUGCACAUUCUGGACACGCUGGUCAGCAGGGUCAACACGCCUUUCCAGCUGGGCACAGUGUCUCUGGCUCUGUUCAGGACUCUGAUUGGUCUGUUCUGUGAAGACGUCAUGCUGCAGCUGGUGUUCAGGUAUCUGAUUCCCUGCAGCCACCUGAGCAGGAAGCAGCGCUCCUCCUUAAAGCAGAGGGACUGUUACUCCUCCAGCGCCGCCUCCUUCCUGCUCCUAAUGCCCUCCUGGUGUCCCGUGUACCUCCACAACACAAACACACGCUUACACUCUGAGCACAUCCACUUUCCCAAAGGAGCAGGUCAGUACAACGGACACAUACACAACACAAGCACCUGUACACGUUUGCAUGCUAAUUUAAAUUGUCUGUCUGUGUUAGACCUGUCAGUGUCGGACAGUGUCGGUUACUGUCGAGGUUCCGAUUUUCUGAUGGAUGUAAACUACCUCCACUACCUUUCCGACGCUCGUCAGGCCAUCUCUGCGUCCCACAGGGCAUGUCGGCUCUGGUCGGCCCCAUAUGACGGGAUCAACCCCUCGUCUGACGAUAACCGAUCUGACACACCAGGGGGCGACGUGGAUGAAGAGGAGGAAUUUGUACAGCGGGUCAAGAGUGACUCCAUCUGCUCUUUGGUCAUCACUCCUCCCCCCUCUGCCCUCUCCCCCACCCCUUCCUCCUCAGAUACCAUCUCCACCAGCAACCACACAGGAAGGGCCAGUUCCGCUCUGGAGCUGGAGUGGGAUGACAUUUUUGCAGAUGACGAUCUCUCUUCAUCAGUGAUGAUAAACUCGGGGUUUGCCAACGGCAUUGUGACUCUGGGUCCACCUCCUCCUUUACCUCCUCAGCACAUCCAGGAAAUGCAACGCAGUGCGAUCAAGUUGGUGCAUGGCUCGUACGUGGAGGAGUCCGAGUUUCAGGACGAUGUUCUCGUCUACGAUCUAGUCGCCCAGAAGGACACAAAGGCGGCCAUGUUGGAGCGAAUCAUGGCAGCAAAUCGACUGGCACGAGGAAGCAUCUCACAUGGUCCGCAAGCGCCAACGGCAGUGACAACGUCAACCAUCACAACAAUGUUAACGCAAACAGGGAGAACGGUAAUGGAAACAGUUAACAGCAUUAUGUCGACAAGGAGGAGGAGCGAGGAUGGAGAGAGGGAGGAAAGAAGAGGGAGCGAAGUUUGUGAGAAGGAGGUGAACAGGAGGAGUGAGGAAUGCCGGAGGGAGACUGGGAGAAGGAGGGAGGAAGAAGAAGACGAUAAAAUCAGGCCUGAAUCACAAGGAGAGACGAGGGGACGUAAGGUUUUCACCAACGGUUUCAAUGUAAAGAAUCACAUCAUCAACGAAUGCGAUGAUGCUGAUGAAGACGGCCAGUCGUUAAAGAAAAGCUGCAACCAGAGUGACCUCACACCUAACACAACUGUCAAUCACAAGCACCCAACACACCAACAGCUUCUACGUCACAACAGCCAAAAUACAAACGCUUUACCCAACGGCCACGACGGAUCUGAGCCACAUUACCCAACCACGUCUCCAAGUCUGCCUGAUAACAAAGUAAAGAAGAACAACGGCUUCCUGUCCCAGUACCAUGAACUCAUGCUCUCCCUCGGGGUGGAGCCGGACUGUGACGACAUCGCGGAGGACAUCGGCACGUUCAGAAGGCGGGUCCGAGCGCUCAGGCAAAAACUGGUGGAGGAGGAAGAGGGGCUCUUCCAAGAGUCAGGUUUCAGUUCAUCGUGGGAUGACGGAGAGGUGGAAGGGGAGGAGGAGGAGGCGAUGGAGGAGGUAGAGGAAGGAGAGGAGGCAAAAGGCAGCAGCAGGAAUGGAGUUCCAUUUACAGGUCCGUUCAUCAGUGUCCUGUUAUCUCGGCUCGAGAACAUUCUGGAGAACUCCAUCGCUGUAAACCUGCUGGUGACGGGCAUCUUGGCCCAGCUGGCGUCGUACCCACAACCUCUGCUGAGAUCCUUCAUGCUCAGCACCGACACAACGCACAUUCAGCCCAACGUACGCACUCUGUACCAGGUGUUGGUGUCGGUUCAUGCUCAGAUUGAGCGCUACGUGGCGGCCAGAGCAGAUUAUCCAGCGCUGGUCACUCAGGCCUGGAGGUUCUUGUUGGUGAAAGACCAGGACAGCAAGUUUAGAGAGUGCCUCGAGUCUCACGGCGGCGAUAUCAUCCUGGACCCGUCUCUCCCCAAUGGCUCUGUGAGAAACGCUCUGGCGCUGCCUCCUCUUGGCGUCCUGCCGCCCUGCCCUCCGAUCCCCCCCCAAGCCAAGAGCCGAGUGUUCGCCAUCGUCCUGUUCGCAGAGUUCCUCAAAGAGCUAGCCGCCAUCGCCCAGGAGCACAGCAUCGCACUGGACUGUUCUCCCGAGGAGUAAUCAGAGGAGCGUUGCCUGAGAAAGUGCCACUAAUGUGCCCGUGAGCAAGGCACUGCUGAAAACCUCAAACAGAGGAAGUGAUACGCAACCACCAGCAGAAGACUGGGGGCUUUCUAAAAGUCCUAAAGCACAAAACAUGCAACACAAACUAUACGACCACAACAUGUGAGUAAAUUAUAUUGAUUUCAUGCAUAAACUUGUACAUUUGUAUAUAUUCCUGGCAGCACUUGAAUAUGUUUCCCCCCAUGUGAAUAUGGAUGAUGAUUUAUGCUGAUGAAAAUUAUUUGAUGGGGCAUAUUUUGAAGAUAAAUAAUAUUCCUUCUCUAAAUGUUUUAUUUUUAAAAAGAAAAGUACCUUAUUUCAGCUGAUUCAACUUUAAUGGGGAAAUGAAGAGUUUGUUCUGUUGUGUCUUUAAAUGCAGAAACACAAACACUCUUACACAGUAAUGACAAUGCCUUACUUCAACACACUAAGAGAUUUCCGUGCAAUAUACGCGAUGAUGCGAAGUUGUGUCUUGUCUCAUUUGCACUUGUAUCAGUUUGUGCUUCGUUGUUUUUAAUGUUAAUUGUGUGAUUUCAGUCUGUUAAUGUUUGUCCCUCUUUGUUUUGUUUUUUUUACUUCACCUGUUGCGUUUGAAAGAAGGUAAAUCUGACUUCCUGUUUGCAUCGGCUUCACUUUACCUGAGCUCUACAUCCAACUGAGAUCUGUGUUCUCACUUCCUACAUUUUUACACCAACGAGGAAGCAUGUGUUGUUGUUGGAAAACUUAAUCACCGUAUCUUUAAACGAAACUGAACUCAGAACUUCAUCCGACUCUUUUUGUCCCUGAUUGUAAACACUGCCGCCCUCGUCACUAUACAAACCAUCAUUAUUACAUUGUUAUUAUGGGAUGGACGAAUCAGACUGGACUCUGAAGCAGUACAUCUCUCAGCCCAUCCUGUUGAGGGUCAAUGCUGCCAUCUGCUGGUGAACCACCACUGUGACGCUUCAUUAUUAAAUCUCUUCUUUCCUUUUGGAGGAAAUUAUUGCCAAGAUGAUGUGAAAAUAAUUAAGACCAUAAAAUAUCGUGAUCCCUGCUAA